UGUCUCGGAGCUAUCCCGCCAGGGCAGCGGACACACUGUGGACUCUGUGGACAUGUCCAAGCCCCAGCGGCCUCAGCGCAGCAGGCGCAUGAAACGCUUCAGCUCUAGGUGGCAGUCCAGAGGGUCCACUGGCAGUUCCAACAUCCCAGCUCACAGUCUGGACAAGCUGACCAAGAGGAAACACUGCAAGCUUCUGGGAGACCAGAACCUCAUCCAGGUGAGCAGCAACAGCCAGCGACAGCGCUAUGUAACCAAGGAUGGCAAGUGCCAGGUAAACCUGGGCCCCAUAGCUGAGAAGAGGCGCUUCCUUUCAGAUAUCUUCACCACAUUAGUGGACCUCAAGUACCGCUGGUUCCUCCUGGUCUUCAGUCUGUGCUACGUUCUGACAUGGGUGGCCUUUGGGGCAGUCUACUUCCUGGGUGCAUGGCUUAGAGGUGACAUUGCUCAUGCGAGGGACCCCCAGUGGGAGCCCUGCUUUGAGAAGGUGGAUGGCUUCCUUUCAGCCCUGUUGCUUUCUCUGGAGAGUCAGAGGACAAUUGGCUAUGGCUCCAGGAUGGUGACCGCACACUGCCCGGAGGGGGUGGUUCUCCUCAUGGUGCAGUCAAUUGUGGGUUCCAUCAUUGACGCCUUGAUGGUGGGCUGCAUGUUUGUGAAGAUUUCUCGUCCACAGCAGAGAGCCCAGACCCUCAUCUUCAGUAAACACUGCGUCAUAUGUGAACGAGAUAACAAACUAUGCAUGCUCUUCCGCAUAGGGGACCUGCGGGAGAGCCACAUGGUGGAUGCCAAGGUCCGUGCCAAGCUCAUCAAGUCUCGGCAGACCAAGGAGGGUGAGUUUAUCCCCUUGGAACAGUCUGAGAUUAACCUGGGCUACGACACCGGGGGCGACCGGCUGCUCCUAGUGGAACCUCAGACCAUCACACACAUCAUCAAUGACAGCAGUCCCUUCUGGGAGGUGGGAGCUGAGCGCCUCUGCAAGGAGACCUUUGAGAUCAUUGUCAUCCUGGAAGGCAUCGUGGAGGCCUCAGGCAUGACGUGCCAGGCCCGCACCUCCUACACAGAGGAUGAGGUGCUGUGGGGUCACCGCUUUGAGUCAUGCAUUUCUCUGGAGAAGGAGGCAUUCCGUGUGGACCACAGUGCGUUUGACAAGACCUUUGAGGUACAGAUGUCCUCGGACAGCGCUAAAGAGCGCAGCAACCGGCUCAGGAAGAGCUCAGUGACGUCUCAGUGACACAUUCUCUCUGCUGCACACUUGGACACCAUGCAUUUCUAUUGUUGUAUUGUUCCUUCUAUUUUUCAAACUGUUACAGCGUCUAUACAGUCUGUGUUCCUAACCUGUGCCCAGUGACCCAUUAUGACCUGUGGAUAUGCAGACCAAGUCCACUCCUCUAUUUAUGUUUUAAAGGCAAUGCUUAAGAUGCCAAUAGGAUUCUAAUCGAACAAUACUUUUUGGAAAAUUGCUGGAACAAAUUAUUUAUUUAUAAUCCUAUAGGAAUUUUACUUUAAGACCAAUCCAAUUUAAACACUUUUAUUAUAUGGUAAUUUUAUUGGAUUUCUUUUAAAAAUACGUAAUAGCCUAUAAAGUGUAGACAUUAUUUGAAUAGAAUGCACCAUACUUUCCCUCUCCCCCUUCUCUGUCUUUCCCUUCACCAGUGACAGGACCAAUGGUUAUUUCAUAUUUUUCAUGUGUCUUUGAUAUAAUAAAUGUGAUAUUUUUACAUGGUUUCUUUUUUAUUUUAAUUGUCUCCAAAUAAUGACCUACAUUUUCCCUUCUUGUUCAAUCCAAUUAAAUUACCCAAAAUUGUUUAGA